AUGCACUGCUCAAUUGCCUUCGUCUUCGCCCUCGCCGCUGGGGCCCUCGCCCAAUGGCAUGGACCACCACCCACGAAACCGACUCUCAAUGACAGCUCAGUUGCCACGCUCGUGAAUGGCUACACGUACCUAUUGGAGAAGCCCGGCGGGCCAGAUUUCAACAGCACUGCCGAGGCGAUCUUGUCGGACAAGUUCCAGGUGUUUUCCGACUCCAUCCUGACGCUUUCGCAGCGACCCUUUGGGCAGCCUGCGUACCCAAGCAAGCAGGCCUAUAUCGAUAGCCAGUUCCAGACGCCCCCACUCCCCGUCGUCAACACGCUGGGUGUGUUCUACACCUGCGACAAGAUUAGCUGGCGCUGGCAGGCAACCGGCAUCGGAAGCAACCAGUUCGAGAUCAACGGCAUUAUCAAUUUUGAGACGAACCCCGAGACCGUCCAGAUCGACACGGUCUACUCCGAGUUCAACACGGCCGCUUUCGAGGCUGAUUUGGGGUUCCCUGAGUGUCAGGGACAGGGAGCCUGA